UAUAAUACAAAAACUGCGGUGAAUUUUUCGUGCGUGGGUAUGUGUGUAUGCAAGUGCCUUUACCUUUGUGUACGUGUAUUUGUUUGUGUGGCUUAUGUGUAUGUGGGGGUAUUUCACUGUGUUUGUUUUGAGCUGCAGUCUCUACACACAUACAAAGAUACGGCAUUAUGCCAAGAAGAAACCAAUAAUAAGCUGCUGAUAAGCAUACGAAAGGGUAUGCUUGUAAUGUGUCUGUGCAUGUGUGUGUAUUAUAAGAAAAAAUGGUAUUCAGAAUAGAAUUAUGUAUAUUAUAUACAAAUCAGAUUAUCGUCUUUAAAGACAUGCAUGAGAAAUUUAGGAAUAGUCAGUUUGAUUGAAGAAUAUUUAAAAUGUAUAUUCAUAUACACACAUAGAUAUAUAGUGUCUACAUCGAUCCCGAGGUAAAUAGUCAGAAAAUAAUUAACUUUGAUGAUGGUAGACUGAUCGUCGACUACGAAGUAAGCCGUAUUGGAUAUUUUGCUAAAUAUACUUAUGAAUAUUAUGCUCGAGACCCCUUAUUUGACACUGAAGUCACUAGCUAAAUUAAAUUGGCGUUACGCGUAAUCAAUGAUAAUUAAUUAUGUACUUGAAAUGGCUGAGUACCGGCAGCAUUUCCAGGGUCGUAACAUCACGUGUCAAUAUUUCAAAAAUUGCUUGUAAGCCAUUCAAUUGUAGUUUCUAACGAACACCUCUUGAGCUCGGGUUCAAUUUGACAAGAUGAGUUAUUCAUUAAAAGCUUGGCGAGCUAUUCUGAUGAAUAAUACUUCGGUGGGAGGAUACAAAGCCAUCAUUAGGUUUUAAUAUGAAAUCAGUGAUUUUUUUUAUUUAUUGCUAACUCAUAGCUAAGAGCGAUUCGAAACUCGUUUUCGCAGCUUUUAGUCUUUAAAAUAUGAGAAGCUGCGGUUGAGAAAGUCAGUUGCCAUUGUGGCAUGUGUAAAAGGGGCACAAUGCUUAAAACGUACAUUGUGGCAUUGAUAGUCCAUGCAGCAUUUGCGGCACCAGCCACAAUUGUGCCACGCAUCCAGAGCGAUAAUGGCUUUCAACUGGAGCCUCAGGAUGAUCAAUAUACGUUGAGCAUACGACAUCCGGAUGGCAAAAGUUGGCGCGAAGAGACGGUGCAACUGACUCCAGCAGGUGUGCCGGAAGUCAAAGGUAUAAUCAAUCAGGCUUUUGAUGAUCGAGGCGCCACCUUGUUGGUCACCUACGAGGCGGGGCCUAAUGGAUAUGUGGCCAAGUAUAGAUAUAAAAGCAAUAGCCAACCCGAAAGACCGAUAUAUGGAAUACUUUUAAGUUCAACUCUUUUAAAGGUAGCAGCCGGUUGAAAGUUUUGUAUAGCACUUUACUUAAUAAAAGAAUAAUAUGCUAUAUGUAGUAUGCUCAUUUGCAGAAAAUUAA